AGUCAGUGUCUAGUGCAGAGUGUGUUCAGUUGGCACCCUCGCGGCCUCUCCCCAGUGUGUGUGUGCGUGUGUCUGUGUGAGUCGGUGUUCCCUGGAGACUGCUGCUGCUGCGAUUCCUCAGUUCUGGUGGUGAGUUGACAAGCCGCGACUUAACUUGGCUUGCUGUAGCAUGAGGCAGUUUUGAGCCGUCGGAGGGAACUCAACUAUCUGACUCCUCUUAGAAGACCUAAAGCUUUGGCCAAGUAUAAUAAUUAUUGUACUUGUGGCAAAAUUAAGCCAUAACAUCAACGAACAAUCGAUGGAAUUAGCAGAACCCAAACUUUUAGUGUUAGUAGCUGGACAACAUCAAUGACACUACGUUUGUUACUCUGAGGAAUGAUGUAAACAUCUAAGUGACGGAACUGGAUCAUUGGUGGUACAUGAAGUUAAAACGUUUUUUCUACACAUCAGACGCACUGAAAAGAUGAAAGGAGGUUUCUUGGAAAGGAAAUAGAAACAGCCGUCUCGUUGUUCGCUCAAAGACUUUCUCGUCAUAGAUAGUUGUCAGAAAAACUGAUGAAAAUGGUGCUAAACCUCUGAGAAACAGUGUGGAAAGAAAAAUCGUCCUUCAGGAACGGAAAGGAUACUGAAGAAACUGUGACAAAGUAUCUGUGUGACCCACUUAGAGACGAAAGCUGACUUGCACGUGACCUGAUCCCCGGCUUUGUCCUGGAUUCUUAGCGGAGGUGACUUGACUGCUGCCAGACAAGGACACCAUCACUACUUACACUUCCUUCGAAACUAAUUGUGGUGCAGGCGUGGCUGGAGCCGCGGCAGUCAUGGUGACGGCAGCGGCUAGGGCCACGCGCGGACUCCCGAAGGUUGCAAGCACCGCGCGGGCCGCCUCAGCUUGACCAUAACACUUUGACCACCACUCCAGCAGCCAUGUACAACGCCAGCACAGAACCGCCAUUCCCUGCAGCGGUGCUCACAUCCCUCGCCCCGCACGCCUCCUCCACCCUCGCCCCGCUCCUGGAGUCAGCCGCGCCAUCCUUAGGGAACCUGACCGACGAUGGCCCGGAGGAGGUUCACGAAUACGCGCCGUUCCUGGCCGUGUCCCGGUUCGUGGUGCAGCUGGUGCUGGUGCCGCUGGUGCUGGUGGUGGGCGUGUUGGGCAACAGCGUCACCAUCAUAGUGCUCACCCGCCGCCAGAUGAGAUCGUCGACCAACUUUUACCUCACCGCGCUGGCCAUCUCCGACCUGCUGUACUUGGUCUUUAUCUUCUCACUCUCCAUCCGCCACCACCCCGGCAUGAACCAGCCCCACCACUGGUUCUACUGGCACUACUUCCGCUACGCCCUGUGGCUCGCCGACGCCUCCAGCUCCACCUCCAUCUGGCUCACCGUCACGUUCACCAUCGAGCGCUACAUCGCUGUGUGUCACCCGAUCAAGGGCAAGGUAAUCUGUACGGAGAGUCGCGCCCUAAGAGUUAUCGUGGCGGUGUUCGUGCUGUGCUUCACACUUACCGCCACCACGCCGCAUGAGUGGGUGAUUCUGGUGAACACUGACCCAGACUCGGGACAGUCGCGUCUCACCCUGGCUUACUCCACGCUCGGAUCCAACACGACUUAUAAAAAGAUAUUCUACUGGUUCACGGCUGUCAUGUUCAUUCUCCUGCCGCUGGUCCUUCUGGCGGUCUUCAACUCCUUCCUGAUCCACAUCGUCAAGCAGAGUCGCGCCACCCGCCGCACCAUGACCAACACAGCCUCUGACCGUGACUCCCACUCCCAGUCUCAGGAGAACAAGAUCACUGUCAUGCUGAUCGCUGUGGUGCUACUGGCCCUCCUGUGUCAGCUUCCCGUGGCCGUGCUGCUCCUCUACCAGUCCUUCUACGAGUCGAAACCCAGCUCCACUUCAUAUUAUAUCGAGCUGGGUCUUGGGAAUAUCUUCAACCUGCUCACGGCCAUCAACGCAGCCUGUAACUUCGUGCUGUACUGCGCCAUGAGUGACAAGUACCGGCGAACCUUCCUCCGUACUUUCUGCUCCCGUUGGUAUCGUCACCCCUCGCCUCUGCACUCCUGGAUGGCCACCGCUUACAGCAACGUGGAGGACGGCAGCCCAAGGUUCUCGCGGGUCUCCUCCAUGCGGAUGUCACGAAGGUCAUCGCACAGGAGUAGUGGGUCAGGAAGCCCCAGGGGAAGUCCUACCCAGGGUCGCUUUGUGGGCGGGUCUGUGCGGCAGGGGCACUAUCUCACUGUGCCAGCCCACCCCGCUCAUGCCGCCCACGAUGACCCUGCCCAAGCUUUCUUACGCAAGGCACCACCGGGUCUCGUCGCCAGCCAUCACGGCAACAAUGGUGUAGCGCCGCGGCCUGCCAGCCCUCCCAGUCCCGUGCACAUGAGCCCCGCCGCCUCUGCCGCCGCACUCCUCAACGGCCAGCCAGGCUCUUCUCGCUCAGAGGCGGCCACCGGAGCCUCACCCAGGAGAGGCCCCCGCAGCCUCGCCCACCGCCUGGCUGCUCUUCUGCCCAUCAGCCGCGCCCCCAGGACUCAGCUCGCUGGCCGCCACAUCGUUAUUACCUGCCAGCAACCUUCCCUCGAUGACCAGACGGCGCUUUGAGGAGUUUGAUGAGUGAGAGGAGUAAAAGGAGCCUCCUGCCACAGAGCAAGGCUGAAAAAUUGACGCUUGGGAUCAAGAGUAAUGUGUUUGGCUUUACUCGCCAGGGACAGAACAUCAAGAAGUGAUAGUUUAUAUAAUUUAGAAAGGAAGAAUCUCAUAGUGUUCGAAUAUGAAAAAAAAAAAAAAA